AUGACGCAUCUACAACAUAGGGGAAAGCUUGCUCUUCUGAAGCCUUCUAUUUGCUAACCUUGAGGAGAGGUUGGCGCCUUCUGGUUAGCACCCAACAAGUAACCAAGUAAUUAGUGCUGUAGCUUUUAGGAAUGCUUAGUAUGUGUCAUAAGUGCUCUCAAGCUGUUUUUUUAUUAGGGCUAGCUGCUGGCAAGAGAUCUUCAGUGGCGAGUAGCGCGCUAAACCUAGCUAGCUAACUGAGUGUACCCGAAUUGGAACCGGUUUGUGAGACCUUAACUAAGGAGAGCAGCAUUCAUAUAAAAAGACAGCCGUCCAAAAAGGAAGGACUGACAGUGGACGUUAAAUUGACGGGGCAUUGACCCAAAAGUGCGCCACAAAGCCUGGCCACAACGAGUUUCAGGCUACAGAUGAAGAUGAGGACCACUGAGAGAGGGUAGGCGGAAGGGGUCAUUCACAAGAGUCAUGAAUCUUCAUCAGGUCCUCACAGGGGCAGUUAACCCCGGGGACAAUUGUUUCUCUGUAGGGAGCGUCAACAAUGUACCAUUCACGGCCUAUGCUUCUGGCUGUGACGUGGUCAUUUUGGGCACCGACUUUGAACGAGUGCAGAUCAUCCCGGGUGCCAAACAUGGCAACAUCCAGGUGGGAUGUGUCGACUGCUCGCUGCAGGGAGGACAGAUUGCAGCUUCCUAUGGAAGCAUCGUAUGCAUUUUUGAGCCAGUUAAGCAUCUGGAUCAAAAAGACACAUCUUUGACAAAGUUGAACUGCCAGUGGCAGAAGACUGGUCAAUUUGUUUUGCAGUCUAUGGUACACAACCUGGAAUGGCACCCCAAAGGGAGCAUGCUAUUAACUGGCUCCAGUUGCCUGCAGUUAUGGUCUCAUCGUGAGGAAGGAAAAGACACAGAGGGUGGGAAGCAAGCUGAAGGAGAUUCUCGUUGUAGUUGGAGGUGCAUCUGGCAAAGCAAGACGGCCUCUCCUGUCAGUUUAAUGAAGUUUUCUCCUGAUGGAGAAUUCUUUGCUACUGCUGGUCAAGAUGACUGCCUGGUAAAGGUGUGGUACAACACAAGUAAGUGGAAGUCUGGGAUAUUCAGGCUUUUCACCCCCCCGGAAUCCAGUGUCGACUUCCAGGGAGACCUUGCCUUUUCCUUUGUGUACCUGGCCCAUCCACGCUCUGUCAUUGGCUUCUCUUGGAGGAAGACCAGCAAGUACAUGCCACGCGGUUCAGUGUGCAAUGUCCUGCUCACCAGCUGUAAGGACAGCGUGUGUCGGCUCUGGGCGGAGACGCUGUUGCCAGGUGACAGCCUCCUAUCUGGUCACCAUAACAACCAACACGGUGAUACUACCGGUUCGUCCAGGAUCAGCAAUGGGAAGACGCAAGCACCGGAUCCCUCACUCACUGGCUGCUUAUCCCACACUCAAAAUCGACACUACAACCACAAGAAGAGCAGCAGCAGCAACCUUCCCCAUGCCAACGCGCUCUGUCACUUUCACAUAGCUGCCAGCAUCAACCCUGCCACAGACAUUCCACUGCUUCCCUCCAUCUCCUCACUGAGUGCUGUGGAGGAUGAGGAACCUGGAGGUCUUUUCACUGUCCACUGGCUCAACAACAAAGAGCUUCAUUUCACUUUAGCUAUGGAAGUCUUCCUGCAGCAGCUCCGUGGCAGCCUGGAGCAACAGAACGAAUACUCUCAAGAAGAUCCUGACAACGAGGAUAACUUCAAUGAAGACGAUGACAGGCCAAGUGACUCUCAAGGACCUGAUGCCCUGGAGCUCCCGCUGGCUGCAGUGGAGCACCAUGUGGACGUGCUUUUGGAUGAGUGGAACAAAGCAGCAGACAUGCUGUUCAGCAUCCAUCCCAUGGAUGGCUCCCUGCUGGUCUGGAAUGUGGACUGGUUAGAUGAAUAUCAUCCUGGAAUGUUUAGACAAGCUCAGGUGUCAUUUGUGUCUCGUAUCCCUGUGGCGUUUCCUGCAGGGGAUGCAAUCUCCCUCAGCCACAGUGUGGUCAUGUAUGCUUGCAACAAGAACGUGGACCUGGCCAUCCAACACGGUAGACAAAGACCACCCGGAAACACAUUACCCCAAACCAAAUCUGCUCUUAUUAGUUAUGGUCGUCACAUAAAAGCCGCCCCCACCGGCAGUCUUCGCCUGAGCAUUUUCACCCCUAACGUGCUCAUGAUCUCCAAGCAUGAUGAUGGCUCCCUCAACCAGUGGGCAGUCAGUUUCGCAGAGGACUCCGCUUUCUCCACGGUACUCAGUGUGUCUCACAAGUCAAGAUACUGUGGGCACCGCUUCCACCUGAACGACCUGGCCUGCCACUCACUGCUGCCUCUGCUCCUCACCACCUCACACCACAAUGCACUGAGGUCCCCUGAUGUGGACAUUCUUGCACCCCCAGAGGUCUUCUCCUCUGGGCUGCCUGCUUCCCACGGCUCUCGACCCAGCCGCUUGUCCCUAGGUGGAGUUUCGCAGGAUCCUAACGCUAUCUACAGCGAGCUGAUUUUGUGGAGGGUCGACCCCGUGGGCCCGCUAUCCCUGUCAGGCGGCGUGUCUGAGUUGGCUCGGAUCAAUUCUCUUCACGCCUCAGCUUUCGCAAACGUAGCCUGGCUGCCCACGCUCAUCCCCAGCAGCUGUUUAGGUGCGUACUGUAACUCUCCCAGCGCCUGCUUUGUCGCAAGUGACGGUCACUCACUGAGGCUUUAUCAGGCUGUGAUUGAAGCCAAGAAACUCCUAAGCGAGCUCUCUAAUCCCGAGAUAUCAAAAUAUGUUGGCGAGGUGUUCAACAUCAUCAGUCAGCAGUCCACGGCGAAACCAGGGUGUAUUAUUGAGCUGGAUGCUGUUACUGACUUUCAGGGAAAGGAGACGCAACUCCUUCACGUGUUUGAGGAGGAACUAAUCCUUGGCAAUGAAAGACCCGACACAGCAGAGGAAUUGUUGAAGUCAUCUCCAUCUGCACCAAGCGAGCCCAUCUUCACUGCAAGUUUCUUCCUUGUGGUUGUUGAAUUAACCCCAAGCGGUCGCUCACUUCUACAGAUGUGGCAUCUUCAUCUCGCUGCCAAACCUGUCAAUGAGACAUUCUCGCCCAAAGAUGCCCUAACAGCUGCUUCAACAACUCGCUCUCAGUUUAACUUUGAUACGUACGGUUCCCCGAUAACCCAGAAAAGUAAACCCUGCACAUCCAAUCUGCAGAGCGCCUGUCGCCUCAACCUCACCACACAGCGGCUCUACAGCCAAGAGUUGCCUCUGCCAACAGGAGUGGAGGCCGUCAGCAUUACACCCUCAGCAGGUCACCUCAGUGCAUCGUGUUCCAUGCCCGCUGGCCGUGUGCCAUACCUCCUUGCUACUUCCUGUUCUGACGGGAACGUGCGAUUCUGGAGGUGUAACGUCACGCCAUCGGAGACCCCCAGUAGUGACAAUUUGGUAUAUCAGUGGGAUGAGUGGCCUCUCCUUGUGGAAGACAGGCUUCCCAAUUGCAGUGCAGUGAGUGUGCCGGGUCGUCCCAUUCAGGUCAGCUGCUGUCACACAGGGAGGAUUGCCGUUGCCUACAGACAGACAACACCAGACAUGCCUCUGAAAUUGACACCUCAGCUAAACUCUAACAUACUGCUGGCUUCUCCUCCCGCACUCGCUUCUUCACCAUAUUUGCACCACCACCACAACAGCAACACCAGCCAGCACGUUCCUCCCAUCAUGACAGUGCAGAACAGCCUUAAUCUGUCCUCAAGCCCUUCCCUAGCAAACACUAGAGAACAGAUGGUCUACAUCAGCAUCUUCCAAUGCGAGUCCACAGGUGGUUCACAGUGGAUCCUAGAGCAGACUGUAGUCCUGGACAAAGCAGAUUCAGUAGCUAGCUGUGGCAUGAGCAACAGCACAACUCCAUGUAGCAACAUCAACUUGCCUGUGCCAAAUGAGCACUGCCUUGGUUCUUCUCAUAAGAGUCUGGUUCACUUAGACUGGGUCUCCCAAGAGGAUGGGUCACAUAUCCUGACUGUUGGCAUUGGGACAAGGAUUUAUAUGUAUGGCCGUAUCUCUGGCAAGCCUCCUGAACUCUGCCUUUCAUCUGAUACCAGUAGAGACCAAUGCUUGUCCAGCCUGGUUCUGCUUCGAUCUGUCGACCUGAUUUCCUCUGUUGAAGGCUCACUGCCCAUCCCCGUCUCCCUCUCCUGGGUACGUGAUGGCAUUUUGGUGGUAGGCAUGGACUGUGAGAUGCAUGUCUACUCCCAGUGGCAGUCCCCAGCACCAGCCAAACCCAAUGCUGCCGUUGUCCAAGACGCAGACAUUUGCAGCAGUGUGUCCUCCAUUCUCUCUGCAGUCAGACAAAGCCAGGAGGAGGGUCUUACUCUUGGGCCUCUCAAUUCCUUACUGGCUCCUCCUAAAAAGGCCCUUACGAGGUCAAUGAUGAGCCUGGCUCAGAAGCUUAGUGGAAAGAGAACUGCUUAUGAUCUGCCCUUGGAGAUGGAAGAUUCUGGACUGUUUGAAGCAGCUCAUCAACUCUUUCCCACACUACCCCAGUAUCACCCUGUACAACUACUGGAGCUUAUGGAUCUGGGGAAGGUUCGCCGUGCCAAAGCCAUCCUCUCUCACCUGGUGAAAUGCAUCGCUGGAGAAAUAGUGGCUCUGAAGGACAACGCCACCAACCCAGAGAAACGUGUACGCUCUCGGACCAUCAGUGCGGGAGGGAGCACGGCCAGGGAACGGAAAAUGUUUGGCAAAGAAGAGAGCUCCACUCCAGAUUACACGGAGAUCAGCUCCAUUCCUCCUCUGCCUCUCUAUGCUCUUCUUGCAGCUGAUGAAGAUACACCCCAAAAGCCUGAAAAAGUCGGCAGUGUGAGUGGUGAUAGUGGGCAUGGAUCCAGUCACACAGACGCUUAUGAUGAGUUGUUUCACACACCCAGCAUGGUGGACUUGGACCCUCUGGAUCACAAUGAGCAAGAAGAAACUGGGAACAAGGUAAUUGACUUGUCCCAGUACAGCCCCACGUACUUUGGCCCAGAGCAUGCCCAGGUUUUGUCCAGUCAUCUCCUCCAUUCCAGUUUACCAGGAUUAACCCGGAUGGAGCAGAUGUCUCUCAUGGCACUGGCUGACACCAUCGCUACUACCAGCACAGACCUGAAAGACAGCCAGGGCAAGAGCAAAGGUGGUGAGACACUGGAUGAGUGCGGCCUAAAGUUUUUGCUUGCCGUCAGACUACACACCUUCCUCUCGACCUCUCUCCCGCCAGCGCACCGAGCACAGUUGCUGCGGCAAGGCCUGUCGACGUGUCACUACGCCUGGGCUUUCCACUCGGAAGCUGAAGAGGAGCUGCUUCACAUGCUGCCCUGCCUCCAGAAGGGGGAGCCUACUUGGCCUGAGCUGCGUUCCAUGGGUGUGGGCUGGUGGCUGAGAAGCACCAACAAACUUCGCAAAUGCAUUGAGAAGGUUGCUAAGGCCUCUUUUCAGAGGAGUAAUGAUCCUUUGGAUGCAGCUAUAUUUUAUCUGGCAAUGAAGAAGAAGGCAGUGGUCUGGGGACUGUACAGAGCUCAGAAGAAUGCCAAAAUGACAGAGUUUUUCCGCAACAACUUCAGUGAAGACCGAUGGAGAAAAGCAGCACUGAAAAAUGCAUUCUCUCUGUUGGGGAAGCAACGGUUUCAUCAUUCUGCAGCCUUUUUCCUUUUAGCUGGCUCCCUUAAGGAUGCAGUGGAGGUGUGUUUAGAAAAGCUUCAAGACCUUCAACUGGCUCUUGUGAUAUCCAGAUUAUAUGAGUCGGAGUUUGAGACAGCAUCCACCUACAAAAAGAUCCUCCAGAGACAUGUGUUGGGACACGAUAAACAGAUACCGAUGCACCAGGAUCCAUUCUUGCGGAGCAUGGCCCACUGGGUGCUGGAGAACUACAGCAAAGCCUUGGACACACUGAUGGAGCAGACUGCCAAAAACACAAAGUCUGGGUCCACUGAUGCCGGUUCCAUGUUCACGUCCUCAAGUAGUGCUGAGGUUUUCAACUUUUACACCUACCUCUGUACCCACCCGCUCCUCCUCCGUCGCCAUUUCAGCUCUUCCGAUAAAGCCAAAGUCGCUCUGACCGCUGAGGGUCGCAGGCCUGAUUCCAUUAGCCUCGAAGAGAGAAGACUGUUUUUCACCGCCGCAUACGCUCACCUGCAAGCGGGCUGCCCAAUGCUGGCACUCGAAGUCCUCUCCAAGAUGCCCAACGUCCGCAAAAGCUCCAACCAGGAGACCCCCGACCUCAGCACUGGUAGUAAGAACGUGCUAACAUCAGACCCAGAUUGGUCAGAGUCUGCGCUGAAUGGCUAUGAGUCAGGUGGGGACAGCCACAGCCAGUCGGAUUCAGUGUUGAGCUUUGACUGGAGCCAGCCGUCGGUGAUUCUUCCAGAUGAGCCUCUGGACCUGAAGUGGGACAGCGACAAAGAUGACGACGACGAAGAAGCAGAAACUAAAAAUGGUAAAAAUGUCAGAGCUACAGACAAUGUGUUCCACGACACGCAGGAUGCCAUGUUGCCUCUCAUGGAGGCCAUCACAGGGGAGGACAAUGUCGACAGCGACAACUUCAUUGACCCUUCUGAUGACGUUAUGGUAGCCCAGCUGAAGUUUACUACCUGCUUGAAGAUUCUGACCAAUGAGCUCAGGACACUAUCAACAGGGUAUGAACUGGAUGGAGGAAAGCUACGUUACCAGCUAUACCAGUGGCUGGAAAAAGAGGUGGUAACUCUCCAGCACUGUUGCAAUUACAAGCCCUAUCUUCCAGAGGUGUCUGGCCAAGACGAUGCACCGGUGUCUGGAUUGGUGGAGGAUGAAAUGGCCACGAGUAUCUGUAGUCACAGCCAAAGGUGCAGGAGACACUGGCUGAAGAGUAACCAGCCCUUACUGAGGAUGUUCCUGAGCUACUGCAGCUUGCACGGCUCCCAUGGUGGAGGACUGGCCUCUGUUCGCAUGGAGCUCAUUUUAUUACUUCAGGAAUCCCACCAGGACAACUGCAUCCCAUCAGCUGUGACGACAUGCUCUCAGCACACCUCCAUCCCUCUCCUGAUGGCGUGCACUGCCAACGUGAAGACAGUGGUGGCCAAUCCGAUCGUCCACCUGACCAACCUGACUCAUGACAUCCUGCAGACCAUCAACUCGCUCAACUCUCCUCCACAUCCUGAUGUCGUUGUCAAUGAGAUAUAUGUAAUGCACACACUGGCUGCCUCCUUGUCUGCCUGUAUAUACCAGUGUCUCUGUGAUGGACACUCAUAUAGUCACAUGAACCACUUCACAGGGAUGGUGUAUCAGAGCGUCUUGCUGUCUCAGAAGCAGCCAGCAAAACCCGCGGGCAUGGAUGAAGCAGUUCAGCCAAACACUUCUCCUGCACAGUGGCCAGGUAUCGCCUCCAUGAUCCGUCUGUUGAGCUCAGCAGGUGAAGAGAGUCAGCCAGGUCUCGCUGUGCUGCUCUGUGAAAUCCUGACGGCUGUUUAUCUCAGCCUUUUUGUUCACGGCAUGGCCACUCACUCCAGCAAUGAGCUCUUUCGCAUCAUGGCCCAUCCUCUCAGCAGCAAGCUCUGGGUGACUGUGUUCGGGGGAGGCGCACGGACCCCCAUUACUGAGAAAGCAAACAGUCCGGCAAAAACAACCCCACCAGUUUCACCAGGCGUUGACACCACCGAAAGAAAGCCCAGACGAUUCCGGCUGCUGUCAUCACGCAGUGCAUCGAGGGAAGAAUCCAAUAUAGAGAGGGACCCCCCUUCCAGUCCCAAGCCUGAGCCCAUUGUGGACCAGGAGGCCUCUUCCAUUUUCAAAGAAUGUUUUGUCCCCCCAGAGCUCAGCAUUUGGGAUUACUUUAUUGCUAAGCCAUUCCUGCCGCCGUCAGAAAACAGAGUUGAAUACGACUCAGAAGAGAGUCAUGGCAGCGAGGAUGAUGAGGAGGAGGAGGAGGAUGAACAUGACAAUAUAUUUGAUCCUAACUCUCCUCAAAAAGAGCAUACAAACUACAAUUCAUACAGUUGGUGUUUAAUGCGCUUGGCAAUGGUUCAGCUGGUGCUAGUCAACCUCAAGUCAUUCUACCCGAUGGCAGGAUAUGAUCUAUUGGACCUCCCUGUGGGCUCCCCGCUGUGUUACAGCGUGCUGAAGACGCUGCAGCGCUGGGAGCAGGUGCUGCAGAAAAGACUGGAGAUCUUUGGCGGCCCCCCCUCUAAGUAUAUCUCCACGCACUUUCAAGAUGAAGAGGUCACACCAGGCCCUGCCAUUCUAAGGCACAAGGCUCUGUUUGAACCAUCCAAUACACCAUUCAGGACCAACCACCAUUCAGCACUGCCUGUCAAGCGUCUUUGGCAGUUCUUGGUAAAGCAGGACGAAGUGCAGGAAACCUUUAUCAAAAACAUCUUCACCAAGAAACGAGACGCGAACGAGUCGGUUGAAGACCAGACUGAUAGGAAAUGUUCAGGGAUGGACGAGACAGGACGACAUCAGACGGAGUCUGAUCUGGGAUCCCCUGGAGGGAAGGCCCGCAUCAUUCACAAGGAGUCAGACAUCAUCACAGCCUUUGCCAUCAACAAGGCAAAUCGUAAUUGCUUAGUCAUGGCCUCUACACAUGACAUUCAGGAGUUGGAUGUGUCAUCCAUCUUGGCCACACAGAUCUUGACGUGGAUCGAUGACGAGGACGUCGAAGCUAAAGGAGUGGCCACUGAUGACUUCCUGGUGGUGCAUGCACGUGACGACUUUGCCUCCCUCCAUGGCACCACACCUUACACUCACAGCAGCCCCGGCACACCCAUCAACAUGCCAUGGCUGGGAGGCCAUCAGACAGGCCGUGGAGCCUCUGUGAUGAUCAAGAGAAAUAUCAAUAAUGUGAGAAGAAUGACCUCCCAUCCCACACUGCCGUACUACUUGACGGGGGCUCAAGAUGGGAGCGUGAGGAUGUUCGAGUGGGGUCACUCCCAGCAGAUCAUCUGCUUCAGAAGUCCGGGCAACUCUAGAGUGACCAGGAUACGCUUCAACCACCAAGGAAAUAAGUUUGGAAUCGUGGAUGCUGAUGGCGGUUUGAGUCUUUGGCAGACCAACACGAGCGGAGCCGCUCCCAAGCCCUAUCUGACGCUGCAGUGCCACAACAAGACAGCUCAUGAUUUCGUCUUUGUGGGCUCCUCCUCACUUAUCGCCACAGCAGGUCUUUCCACAGACAACCGAAAUGUGUGUCUGUGGGACACUCUGGUCACUCCUGCUAACAGCCUUGUUCAUGCCUUUUGCUGCCACGAGUCCGGCGCCACCGUGCUCUUAAUGGCGCCCAGGCAGCAGCUGCUCAUCACAGGCGGAAGGAAGGGCUGGAUCAGCAUCCUGGAGCUCCCUCACAGACACCAGCGCCAGAGCUUCCAGGCCCACGACUCGCCUGUGAAAGCGCUCGCCGUCGACCCAACCGAAGACUGCUUUAUCAGCGGGUCCGCCGAAGGCAGCAUUAAGGUGUGGAACCUGGCCACGCAGUGUCUGCUCUACUGCUUCCCCAACGAACACGCCCGCCAGUCGCUCUUCAGGAACCUCGGCACGGGCGUGAUGCAGAUCGAGGUGGGGCCGGCAAAUCACAUUUUCUCCUGCGGCGCCGACGGCACCAUGAAGAUGAGGAUCCUGCCCAACCGCUUCAGCACCAACAACAACAACAACAACCCCCAAGGCAACCUCAAGAACGACGUUGUCAAGUUCAUCUAGAUGGAGAGAGCUUCCCGUCCUGUUCCGGUUCUUGGUUCACCAGCUCGAGCGCACACGCUGUACUCUAAAACCCAAAGUGGACACAGGGUGUUUUUUCUACAAGACUUACACUGCCACGGUGGAGGUAAGAGCUUCUUCAUCCUUCACUGAUUGAAGUGUUCCCUGAAGUGCUCUAAGAUAAGCGUCGCCACUCUCCAUCCAGCUACGUUUGGCAUCUAAAGCACAUUUGAACUGUGGGGAACAGGUACCGGUGGUACUGCUACCGCUCACUCUGAGGCUAGUCAGGAUUUCCCAAGCUAAAAACAUCUUGUAUUGUCUCAUAUUGUACGUAAACGACACAGAAGGCAGACGUUUUUUACGAAUAGCCCUGCUGGAUGAUCUCUAAAUCAAAUAUAUUGACCCGCGCCUUGUUUUGGGAAACCCUGCUCUACAUAAACGCACCCUAUCAGGUAGUAGUCCAGUGUAAAUGCCUGCACAAAUGACAUUUAUUUCCGUCGUUCCGACAAGCUGGGCUGGCACACGUGAUUCACACGAGACAGGCGACGCAUCAUUUGCACAUCGAGGUGAAGCUAAGUAAACAAUAAUGUAAAUACCAUGUACAGUACGUUGAUAUGAUAUCCACACCUUUGUAUCAAGUGCCCUUAAUCUUUUGGCCACUGCUGGCACAGUCCUGACAGCAGUUUUCAUCCUUAAAAGCUUUCAAGUUGCACAAAAGUAGCUCUCAUUUCAUUUCAUGGGCUUUUUCAUAUGUUCCCUACUAUAAGCUAGGAACAGGUGAGCUACAUUUAAGUGUUGAGCUGUAUAGCACAGAGGUUUUGUUCCAAUAAGAGCACACACUGCAUUGUAUUCUCUUCGUUACAGCAAAUAACAUCGACGAGUUUCUCUUUCCUGUUUGGGGAAAAUCACAUCUUUUUUCUGCCAUCGUAGAAACAACACCUGCCCUACUUUUCAAGUCCCCACAAGGCUCAAAACAUUGUAAAUGUCACAUGAAGGAGAGUUAGGACCACACUGAAUACAAACAAACUACGCCAUAAAGUCGUACAAGUCUUAAUGUUUAGAAAAAAAGUUGGACUUAUGCCAGGCUGAAGUUGUAAUUUUACAAGCGUCGAGUAAUCGGUCGUCAUUUUGCGGGGAACAAAGUUGUAAUACAAAAAUAAAGUCAUCAUUUGUGAGAUGGAAGUCACAGUAUUACUAGAAAAAGUCCAAAUUUGGCCACAAUAACAGAACUUUGCAAUGAGAAAAUCUUAAUUUUGCACACACAAAAAAAACGCAUUUGCAAAAUUACAAGAAGUCAUAAGUGUGCAAUAUUACAAGGCAGAAUUUUUACAAACAUAUGGUCGUAUUACUAGAAAAAGUCAUCAAAUAAGGUAGUCAUAUUACGAGGAAAAAGUCGUGAUUUGGCAAAAAAAAAUAACUAUUACUAAGAAAAAAGCCAUCCUUUUACAAAAAUAAGGUGCUAAUAUUACAAGAAAAUGUUAGGGGUGACAAGUUGGCACAAUUAAAUAUCGAGAAUCGUCAUUUUUCAGAACAAAGUCCCAAUUUCAGUGAAAGCCAGUUAUAAUUAGUAGAAAGCUAUUUGGUAAGAUCAUAAAGAAAAAGCUGUUACUCGUCUUACAACCUAAUUGUCUUAACAUUAUGAUUUUAUAGGGAAAAAACAUUUUUAGAACUUUUUCCUCCUGAUAAACUGACUCUAUUCUCAUAAUAUAUCAACAUUAUUCUCAUAUUACUGUAUUGCUUUUUUCUCAUAUUACAGCCCAGUUCCCCCAAGAUUACAAAAUAUAGCUUGUCUUGUAGAAUUGCAACUUUAUUCCUAAAAACAUUGACUUUUUAGUCCUAAAAGUACAGCUUUGUCGUAAUAUUCCAAUUUUGGAUUUCAUAACAUCAUCAUUGGACUUGUUGAAGCUUGUUGUCCAUGUUUUUCUUUUCAUUGUGUUCCUACUGGAGGUAUUUUGUAUAAAAGCAGAAGUCGUAGUUGUACUUCCUACUAAGAGAAGAGCGGGUGAGCCACUCACUGAAGAAUUGUGUACAUUUGUAUUUAUGAAACGUGCAGUGGUAAGAAAAGGCACAUGGACGCUUUGUUUCUGUCUUUGGUGAUGCAGGCCUGAAUGAACAAUCACUGUGCAAUUCAUGUUUAUUUUCCUGCCUCUGGGGAGUAUAUGUACAAUAGAAAAGGACUGGGAAGACCUUCAAAAACGCAUUUUAUCAAAGGCAACAACUGUGUGCCGCUUCUACACGAGGAUGGAGAGAGAAAUAAUCAAUAUUUAUCAAACAGCUUGACUUUUCUUUUUGAAAACAAGCUUCCGUUUAAACUCUGCGCAAAGCAAGUCAGUGCUUUUUUUUUUUUUUUUCCUUCUUCCGACUGUGAAUUUUGAUUUCAUUUUACAAUGCAGUACAAACUGUAUCAUUUAAGUUAUACAUAAUAAAAAAUAUAAUGCAGGAACACUGACAACAAAUCGAGUCAAUUGUUUUUGUUGUAUUUUAUGAUUCGUAUUUUUUGAUGACAAUUUAUGACUAAUUUUCCUCUCUGAGCUACCACCUUAUCAUGGGGGGGAGUUUGCGUGUCCCGAUGAUCCUAGCACCUAAGUUGUCGGGGGCUUUUAUGCCCAUGGUAGGGUCACCCAAGAAACAGCUCCGAGGUGAGGGACCAGACGAAGGGGCCCGGAUGUGUGUCACCAAGGUCCCCUUCUGGAGCCAGCCUGGAGAUGGGGCACGAUGGCGAAACACCCAAAGAGGCGACACGGGCCCCACCCCUACAAUGUGCUCGCCACUGAGAGGAGGGGCCAAAGGGGUCGGGUGCAGAGUGAGUUGGUCGGCAGCCGAAAGCAGGGACCUUGGUCCGAUCCUCGGCUGCAGAAGCUAGCUUUCAUGGGAUGUCACCUCUCGGAUUCAGGAGGAGCAGUGUGGUUUUCAUCCUGGUCGUGGAACAAAUUUAUCCAUAAAGUCAACAUACAAGAAAUUGAGUCUUUAGUUAAUUUUAUUACACGGACACAUUUGGAAAAUAAGCUUUCUGUACAGUUUUAGUUCAGUUCAUUAAUACACAUUUUUAAUGUCAUCACAGGGGGGAAAACAAAAUCAGGACUUUUAAUGGGGACAGAUACAGAAAACGAGCAGAAAGUAAGCCCAGCAAUCACAUUUAAGGAUGUUACUUUCAUUCAUUCAUUAAUUCAGUCCUCUAUCCAUGUGCAUUCCAUCCUGGAGGGGUGGGCGUUCACAGCUUGGCAUGAUCCUUCAGGAUAACCUCCAGCUUUUGACUCAGCAUGACAUUUCCUCGAAUCUUGAGUUUCCCAGAAAAGAAGGCCUAGGAAUGUAGAAGGAGAAAAAAAAAAAGACGCUUGUGACAUCUUUAAAUGAGGCUGCACUCCAUCAUAGACGUGGGGGCAAUGACAGCGGCGUCCUGGACCAGCUAAUCUUUCUCCAGUUGCCUGAAGGCUUUUUAAAAACACCAGGAUCAAUACGGAGCGGCAUGGCCCGCCAUAUAAAUUGAUGACGAAGACGGCCGCCGCGUGUAACAGAUGAAAUGCUGCAGAGAUAUCAAAUGGUGCCCAUUGAUUAGCUGCUUGAAAGAGGCCAGUGUCCCUUAUGGACUGUGAUGUGAUGAAAGGAAGAAGUCUUUACAAAUUGGCCACUUUCACUCACAUGUACAAGAAGGGAGGAGAAAGGGGGGAAACAACUUCCACUCAAAAGCUCGUUAUUUCUACAGCACAGCUUUCAAGGCUGGUGUUACUACUUUACUGCUCAGAGACGACAUCGAAGCUGUAAAACUCUUUAUUUGGUAGAGGAACUCAAGAAAACAUGAUGCUUUCCUUUGUCUGUUUAAAGACAUGCACGGUGGGCAGAGGACACAUCCAGGUGGUAUCCCCGUGGACACUGUAAACAUGACUCAAAAUUGUUUGGAGAUCUCCACCUUUUGUUAAAUAUUUCAUCACAUUUCUUUUAAUAGAUACUUUUUAUUUUAUACAAUUAUUUAUUAUUUUUGUCUUUGUCUUUCUGGAAGCCCCACCCCACAAAUCUUAAAUACCAAAAAAAAGCAGCAUGGCAGUUCUUUGGGUUUCACGUACACUGACAAAUAUUCCAAGUGAUCUAAUGUUUUGAUCGUCUUUUGUCUGAAAACAUAUUUAAUAUUUUAUUAAAUAAUAUUCAUUUGGAAAAGAAAUGUCAUCUUGUGUUUCUUCUUUAUUUUUCUGAAGCUGUCAUGCCUCUGGCACCACACGGGGGAGUCACACCUCACUUAAAAGCUGGUUUAAAACCAUAGACUGUAUAUAGAUUUUUUUUAUAUAUUAAAAAGGCGGGAGACAAAUUUUGCAAAACAGAAAAGGUAACUCAAACAAGCCAAGAAUUUGCCAAAAUAAAGUUGAAUUGAACUCAACCCAAACAAACUCACACACAAAAAAUGUAGCACAGUCAUCAGAAAGCAGCGUGCGUAAAGACAAAGUGUACCUUCUGAGGGUUGAGUUUUCCCAGCACCACGUCCAUGAAGUCCUCAUCUGACACAGUGAAGGUGACGUCCGCCUUGCCGCCGCUAGGCCCGGGAUGCAGGGCACCACUCCCGUUCUUUAAAUCGAUGACUGUAGAAGAGAGGAUAAGAUGACGGGGUGAUAGCUACAGAGGCCACCAUGUGAGGUCAGAAAUUGCACACCCACUCCACUCUGCGGCAUUCUUGCCGUCUUUGGUGAUCUCCCAGCCGAAGACGGCGUUGACCUUCUUGACCAGCUCGCCGCCAGACUCCUUUAUGCGGCGGCCGAUCUCAGCAAACACCAGCUCGCUCUGAAGGCCGCCCUGCAAACACACGGUUUUACUGCUGGCCUUCACGGCUUCCUUUUGACGAGACUUUCACACACCUGAGGAACACUGGCUGACUCCUCCGCCGUUUCGUGUAGAUCCACAUAAGCGCCCGAUAGCACGACAGCGCCCGUCUCCUUCACCUGGAAGACAGAAAAAUGAGUCAGACGCAGAGAAGCCACACUGAAACGUUCCAUGUUGUGUUUACUGACUUUACUCUGGAUGUGAACUCUGCUGCCUUCCUUCCACAUC